AUGGGUCCACGACAAUUAAGUACUACUGUAUUACAACGUUCAUCUGAUGAAAAUAGUAUUAAAAUGAGAUUAGAAUCAGUUAAUGAAUUAAUUAAUCAACAAGAUAAUAUUUUAAUUGCUGUACGAACUCAAUUAAAGAAAUACCAAGAUAUGGAAAAGAUAUUUAGUUCAUUUUUAGAAUCUGAUAUUAAAGAACAAAGAAUAAAUGAUAUAAUAUUACCUAAAACAUCUUUGGAAGUACUUAUGAAAUUUCGAGUUGUCUAUCUCAAGAUAAUAGUGCUUUGGUUGUUCAAAGUAGAGAAAUUAUAACCCAUGAAUAUGUAAAUUCUAUUUUAAAUGUUAUUCAUUGAAUCAAUUAAAGAUCAUUGUCAAUGGGCAAGUAAUAAUUUAGAAUUAUGAAAUCAAAAAGCAAAUACUAUAAAAGAAGGUGUUAAUGGAUUAUUAGACGUUACAAGAAAAAUUCAUGAAAAAAUAUUAGCUGAAUUUGACGCAUUAGUAAAUCAAUUAAUUGAAGAAUAGAAUUUUGAAAUUGAAUUUAGACAUGAAAAUGAAAGAGGAUUUUAUUUGAAAAUUAAAAAUUAUAGAAAUGGUAUCAAAUCACUACCUCCAGUAUUCAUUAAUAAAUUACACAAAAAGAAAAUUAUAGAAUGUGGUACAAUUGAAUUAAUGAAACAAAGUUCAAAAUUUAAUGAUAUUGUAACUGAAAUAUCAAAUUUAAAUAAUACAAUAAUUAAAGAUUUACAUAGUGAAAUUACCGAUUAUGUACCUAUAUUAUUUAUGAUUUCUGAAUCAGUUGUAUUAUUAGAUGUAUUAUGUGGAUUUGCAUAUUUUACAUCAAUUCAAAAAAAAUCAUACAUUUGUCCUGAAUUUGGUAAGAAUAUUCAUAUUAAAAACUCACGUCAUCCAAUUUUAAAAAGUUGAAUUGCAAAUUUUAUACCUAAUAGUUAUUCAUGUAUUGAUGAAGUAUCAAGAUUUCAAAUAAUCACGGGAGUAAAUAUGUCUGGUAAAUUAGUAUAUCUUAAACAAGUUGCUUAUUUAUCCAUUAUGGCUCAAAUUGGAUGUUUUUUACCUUGUGAAUAUGGAGAAUUUAAAAUUUUUAAUAGUAUAAGAACAAGAAUUUCUUGUGAUGAUACCGAAAUAAAUGCGUCUUCAUUUUCAAAACAAAUGAUGGAAGUAGUUUCAAUUUUAAAUAAUUUAGAUAAUGAUAGUUUAAUUAUAUUUGAUAAAUUAGGUAGAGGUUCAAGUUUUAAUGAUGGUUUUUCAAUUUGUUUUGCAGUAUUGGAAAUAUUUCAGUAA